GCGUCGUUCAUCACAAUUUUACCUUUUAAGAGCUCUGUACACUUGUUGCACAACUUCCAACCAUAGAUUAUCGAUGUAAAAUAUCCAACAUCGUGGCAUAAUCGGAGACACCACAACGUAGAUGACACUUUAUUUCUAAAAGACUCAGACUGCCUGCAUUCAUUGAAACAGAACCAUUUGAUAAGGGUGAACAUGGGAUUUCAAAAUCCGCAAUGCAAUCCUAGGCAGCGCUCCCUACAACCCAUUAAUUUACUCUUUUCCUUCAUUUGAUAAAACUCUUGAUGCAUUAUUCAGAGGAAGCACGAAUUGGGCGUGCUAAUCAAAUAUAUGAUGACAAUGAUGUUCGACAGGUGGCGGGAUGCUUACCCAUUGAUCCCCGCACUAAACGAAUACUUCUCAUCUCAAGUAGUAAACAUGAAGGAGUCUGGGUCAUUCCGAAAGGGGGCUGGGAGAACGAUGAAACCCAAGUAGAGGCGGCUUUACGGGAAACAUGGGAAGAAGCCGGAGUGCGCGGAGUCAUUUCCGGGUUUUUAGGGUGCUUUUAUGACAGCAACAAAAAGGGUCAAGCGAAAUCACAAUUUUGGAUAUAUGAACUGCUUGUGGAUGAAAUCAUGAAAAAAUGGCCUGAGAAGAAAAAACGUGAACGAAGAUGGUUUACUUUUGAUGAAGCCAUCACUGUGCUUGCACCAAAGCCCUUUAUGCAAGAUGCAGUACGAAAAAGUUCCAUUGCACCAAAGCUAGCAGCCAGCCCUGCUCGUUCAUGAUGCUAUGUAUAGCAUCCAUACGGCUUGUUUAAAAAUAAACAUUGUCUGAGUGACAAAUAAAUAUGCCACAAUUCUUUUCAGUUACACAAAGGACAAUAAACUUUCGGAAAAUUGGCUUUGA